UCCCACUAAAACAUGGCCGCCUUUAUUUUGGUCGAAGCCGUUUUUGUGCCCAGCAACGGGAUUUUUACCCAUUAUGUAGCCAAAAGGAGCGGAUAAAAAUCACAUGAGGGAUUUUAGGUGGUGUUUCUGAUAUCUGGGACAAUGGAGAACAGUAGCGUUGAGAACGUAGCGUCCUCUUUGGUCAGGGAAUACCUGAGUCGAAAGGGUCUGAAGGGUACAUUACAGACCAUGGACAGUGAGAUGCCUCGCACAGAUGGCAGCAUCAGUAACCGGCUACAGCUGGCCAAGGAACUACACCUGGAAUAUCUCAUGAAGAAAAACAAGGAGUGUUCCCCUCCCCUGCGAGCCAUGCUGGAAGUCAUGACUAAGUACUUCUUACAGAAGUUAGACGCCGGCAGAGAAGACAAGAGGCCGUCUUCAAGACACUCCUCUAGAGUGACUUCAGACCGUCCAUCCAGCAGAAGUGCCUCUCAUUCCAAACCUCCGUCAGACGAUUCUGGUUUCCAUAGCAACCAAUCCAACCAUCACGCAAAAAGAACACCGAAGGUCGCAGCACAUGACCUUGACAUCCGUGUAGAGGACGAGGAAGGAAUCGGGAGCACGGCUAUCUCUGAUGUCAGCAAAUCUGGUGUACACAGCAAUGUUGAGGAGUCUCCAGUGAAAUUGAAAAAGGAAACAAGUAGCAAAAUGGCGACCCCAGAAUCCAGGGACGUGGCAGAACCUACGCAGACAAAAAAGAGCCGCCCAAGUUCUUCGCGAGGUCUGCGUAGCGGAAUGAUGGCUGGACCAAUCAUGAGCAGCCAAGAUAACCGAACAUCAAGAAGAGGCCGGGUGCCCUCAACUCGACCCAACUUGGCAAUAAACCUGGGGACAGAGAACAAACUGGACUUGACCAGCGUGGACAGUUCUUCCACCAAAUAUUCCGAGAGCAAAGUCAGCUCUGGUACCCUAGGAAGCAGUUUAACCAGAAAAGACUCCUCCUCUGACUCCAAUCUAGGAAGUGAGAAGUCACCAUAUGUUGCAAAAGAUCCUGCCAAGAAAAUACUAACUACUGAAGAAGAAACCUACCUUGAUAGCAAAAGAACCACGUCAUCUAGCAAACUUAUCAAAUCUACCAGUCUAGACGAGAGAAUUGUCAGCCCAAAUUUGAAAACCCUUCUGUUUGGGUCGGCCUCAGAACAGUUUAAUGCAGAAUGGAGAAACCAGAGUCUGGGUUUCUGUGACACUGAAGGCCUGAGGUUUGGGAUUGUACAGAACAAGGGAGGUCCGUGUGGUGCCCUAGCAGCUAUCCAGGCCUGUAUGCUGAAGAGACUGUUGUUUGGGGAAGCCAGGGACAAGACAGCUAACCCACACAGACUGUUGAGCCCAGACUCCAGACUAAGAUCAGAGAGUCUGGCCCUGGGACUGGCAGACUUGUUAUGGAGGGCUGGCAGGAAGAAACUGGCUGUAGUGGCUAUGCCUUCAGGAAGAAAACAGUUCCAUGCUGGAGCCAGAUACAGACAGGACAACUUAACAGAAACUCUGAUGCUGAACAGAGUAGACUCCCAGGAGGACCUGGAAGCUUUCAUAAAACAGAACGUCUCUCUGUUUGAGACAAAUCCCUAUGCCACUAUUUUGGUCCUGUACUCCGCAAUCCUGUCCAGGACUAUUGACCAUGUGAUAUCUGACAUGGAUGAACCCACCACCAAGCUGAUAGGAGCACACGGCUACUGCACUCAGGAAAUGGUGAACCUGUUCCUGACAGGCAAGGCCGUGUCUAACGUGUUUAAUGACACAGUGGAGCUGGACUCGGGGGGUGGGGAGACCAUGAUCCUCAGGGGGGUGGGGACCAGGAGCGAGAUCGGACUGCUCUCACUGUUCGAGCACUACGGAUCCUGCCAGGUUGGUACGUACAUGAAGACCCCCCGGUUCCCUAUCUGGGUGGUGUGCAGCGAGAGCCACUUCUCUGUUCUCUUCUGUCUGCGGAAGGAACUGGUGAAUGACUGGAAGUACGAGCGGCGGUUUGACCUGUACUACUACGACGGUCUGGCCAGGCAGGACGAGCAAAUACGACUCACUGUCGACAACUUGCAUCCGUAUGAGCCACCAGGAGAGGGUGAGCUGGUCCCACCAUUAGAGCACUGCAUCAGGACCAAGUAA